AUGGAGCCGCUGGACUUGGCAGGGACUUGCUCGUGCAGCCCUGCGUCGGAAUCGCAGUCUCAAUCGGAAAACCCCCUCGGGAACGAGCCGUCUGUAUCCGGAGCGGGUAUUCCUCGCACAGCCCUGGGGGACACCCAAACGAACCUCCCACGAAACCAAUUUAAUCGGAGUCCAAGCAAAACCCCCAACAGCUCCCUCAUUCCUUUAACUACAAGUAACGCGUCGAAGUUCCAUUCCAUGACGUCUCCAGUGUCGACGCAGGAGAAUACUCGCUGUACGGUAUCCAGUAGCGGCACUUUCCCAGCGCUCCAUGCCCCCGAGAGUCGCACAGCUAAUACCAAUGUUGCUUCCGGAAACGAGGAAGAAUCGCUGACGGUCCGAACGUCAGCGCGGGUGGCGGCCGCCGCUCUCCAGCAAAUUCAACGGCGCCGACCGUUGCGGCACGUACCCGGUGCGGGGUGCCGCGUUUGGGUCGACCCGCAACCGGAUUGGUUCGGUCCUGCUCGGGGUCUCGGAGCAUGGUAUCCCGCUACCGUUGUCAAGAGGAUGCGCCGAGGCGAUAAGGUUCAGAUCCACAGUCUCUUUUGCGACGUCACGGCAUGUUUCGGCACCGACGUGUUACCUACUUCCCGUGUGCACUUGACCACCACUACGCCACCGGCAAACACUCGCGACGUUAGGGUUGGGGACGAGUGCUCCAGCGUAUCGCGCAUGGUUUGGGAUACGGACGGUAACCUCUUUUACGACGCGGCACCCAGCAAACUGUUCGUGGGGGAUCUCGUCCUGGCGCAUUUUCAAAGAGGUCGAGGCGACGCAAACCCACUCGGCGUUUGGUUCCGUGGACGGGUCAUUGCCACGGGUAUCUUGACCAUGCAUCCAAUCACUCGACAGUCACUUUCGCAACAGGUAUGUACGGUUGCCUACGAUGAUGGGGAUGUCGAAGAGAAUAUACCAUACCCGAAUGGACAACACCUAAUGCGUUUGGAAAUAGGCCGGGAGAAUCCAUCCUGGCUGCGGGAACUGAGUGUUCCAAUUCCAUCGAAACGCUGCAAGCAGGCCAAACAAGGCCGCAUUGCCAGCGUCGAAGGAACUGUCAAAUUGGAAUAUGACGACCCACAAACAGGUCAGACAGUGCGGGAAAGCCGGGCCUACAACGUAGUCCUACAAGCUUUGAUUCAGGAUCGUACCCAUCGCGCAGCGGUGGAAAAGAAAGCGCCCUACGAGUGGCCGUAUCUGGACGAAGGAAUAGCGGUAGCACCUCCGCUGUCGCUGAAUCCGACCAAAACGAUUCGUCGAUCAUCUCAUAAAUUUUCUUCGACGCGCAAACGUGUGCCACAGCAUCUAGGACCAGAGACAGACGAUGAGGAGCCAGGUAGACGUACUGCGCUGGUCCGCAAGAGUAAGCGGAAGAGUAUUGUCCGACGCUGGGACUUGCCUGUGCAUGAUAUCGACACGGAUUCGGGAACCGAUAGUGGUGAUACAUCUGAUACCGAUGACUACGCGACAGAACAGGAGGGUCCUUCAUUCCGAUCAUCUAAGCAUCGUGAACAACCUUGCUCAGCUCUUAAACAGACAAAAAUCGUUCACAGUCAGUGGCGACGGCCAAACGACGAAAAAUUGCAACAUCCAAAUCGAGUAAACGGAACGCCCGAACCAAGUCAGAUCUCUUGGGCCGCGAAGCUCAAGCCUAUGCCCGAAUCAUUAGCUACAACUAUUGGCAAAGCAAUCAACGGGCCCGAGCCCCAUUUGGGUGGCGAUUUGCUUAAUCACAUCGCUUCUCGCUACGAUCGGGGUCCAACCGGUGCGCUAUACCUCACCUUAAUCAAGCUCGUAGUACAAGGGCCUCAGUCGGGGUCGGUAAGCUUUCCUGAUUGUGAUCGCCUACGAAUAGGACAAAUGGGGUUGAAGGAGCUGCAAAAGCUCCCAGGUGUUAGCACACAAAUCAUUUCCUUAUUAACCGCUUCACAUUGGGAGAAUGGUUUGGAACAACUAGCCAGCCACAAGUAUACGGCGCCAGGCGAUGUCAGCCGGUAUUCGGAGGCUGCAUUUCUACGAAUGGGACAGAACUUGCAUGCAAAACGAGUUUGCUCAGAUUUUCUGCUAAGACUUCUUUCGCACCAAUUGGCGCCUGAAAUCGCGAAAGAUCAAAUCAACGACGAGGUCUUUGAUCUGCCCUUCAUCUUCAACAUCGUCAGCCACAGGAGAGGACCAAAGCACGGGUUAGAAAUGGUCUUGAAGGCAACCACGUUGCUUUGGAUUCAGCAUGGUCAUUUGGUCCUAGCCAAGCCUUUGGGUCUAUUUGAGCAAGAACAUCCAUCCUUGACCAGUAGGCUUUUCGUUCAAACUCAAUUCCGGGCUCUUUCGUCAUCACUUGGAAAGAUUUGUAGCUACCUCUCCUGGAUAUACAUGAAGCACGCCCACGAGAGUGUGGAUGAUAUUUGUGUUCUCAUUUCCAAUUUCGUUUGCACAGCUAUAUCCGAAACAACUUUUGAUCCUUCUUCUUUCUUAGGUGCCAAAGCAAAUAUGCUACAACACUGGGGAAAGGUCAAGUUUCAGUUUCUUACUUCCCUGGACAAGACGAUUGUGCCACAACUUCGACCUAAACUGGCUGAGAUGCUGGGAGUCGGAGCCUACUACAAUGCUGCCUUUGGCGACUGA